AUGACGCUCAUCAACAGGGGCUACCUGGGAGGGGUUGCCGGGGCCUGGCGAACCACGGCCACGUCAGAGCGACGCGGCGUAAUCCAUACCGACGAGCCGCUGCCCGGCGACCCCAAUUACAAGAAAGGCGAAGACGAAGAAGAAUAUGCAGGCGGCUCCGAGCCUGUGUUCGCUGCUGAUUUCUUCGCACCGGGGCCAGAAACCGAAAGCGCGCCCCGACAACCAGAGGUCCCCGCCAACGUGCGCCUGCCGUGCCGAUCAUGCUGCGCCGCAGCUGGCUAUGGUGGACCGUGCAAAGGAAGCGUCUCCUCUUCGGUCGCAUCGAUCUGGGCUGCGUGUUGUACGUCCAGUUCUCGAUCUUCGUGCUGCUUCCGCUGCUGCUGGCGACUGCCCUUGCUGUGGCCGUGCUGCUCGGCGAGACGGCUCCGGUAGACCGCGACCAGCUUCCCGACAACAACGGCACCACAGGGAAUAUUCUUGCAGACCGCGCGACGACCAAAGCGCCGCCCGCGAAGGCUAUCACGCUCGCAGCCAGUGGUCCGAGGGCCGAGAUGGUCAUCGGCUGCGCAAACUGCGAGUCUCGACGGCCGCUGGGAGGUCGGCUGGUGUGGCGCACGGCGCCAGGGCAACCGCCGUCCGGACGCGACGACGGGUCCGUCCUGCCGGACUUCCCGGACAUUGCGAUGGACGUGUACGGCACCUGGACGCUCUGUCCGAGGCUCAACGUGCUCGUGCCCACGGCACCCGAGCGCAGCGCGCAACGGAGCGCCAUCCGCGCCACCUGGGGCCGGCUGGGCCAGUACCCCAACUGCACCCUGCGCGUCGUCUUUCUCCUGACACUGCCGGCCGAACGCAAGGAGGUUGCCGCCAUCAGGAAGGAGUACCAAGUAUUCAAGGACAUCGUGGCCCAGAAACAGGCAUCCGGCGUGCGCCUGAAGCCGUCCUCGAUGGCGGCGCUGAUCGUCGAGUGGGUGCCCAUGCACCUGCACGGACUGCAGUGGGCCGUGCGCGUCACCGACGACACGCACGUGCGAGUGCUCGCGCUGCUGGACGUCCUGGAACGCUGGGCGCCCGGACCGCGCGUGUUCGGCCGCGCCUCUGCGCACCGCGGUCACCUGGAAGGCUGCGCGUACGCGGCCAGGUCCCAAGACUUCAUGCGCCUGCAGCCGGCGUUCGACAGCGCGAGCGUGGACCAGGACGAGGGGCUUUUGGUCACGGGACCCCUGGCGCGCCAGGCGGGACUCGUGCCGACGCACCUGGACGGCGUCGGACCGUGCGGCGACGGCGAGGCGGCCGCGGUCGUGAACGAACGCUUUCGGACCGGCAACUUCUCCGCGACCUACCUGACGAUGCGAGGACUGUCGCCCGAGCAGAUGGCCGCGCUUCAUAGCGGCCAGCGUCAUGUGCGCUGACACACUACGAACGCGAGACCCGAAUGCAUGCGGGUCGUGUAUUAAGCGACGCAACAUCUCUUUUUUUUGUGUGUGUGAUGUGCUUGAAGCACUGUGUGGCAAUAAAAUUGAAACGAUUGUCA